AUGGCAGAAAUUAAAAAGCCUGUAAACAGAACCCAUAUUAAGGGAGAGUAUUUGUCCCCAAGAGAUGGAAAUGGCCAUGGCACUCACACAGCUUCAACUGCAGCCGGUUAUUUUGUGAAACAGGCCAGUUAUAAAGGACUAGCUGCAGGCUUGGCCAGAGGAGGAGCACCUCUUGCUCAUUUAGCAAUUUAUAAGGCUUGCUGGGGUUCUGGACGCUGCACGAAUGCUGAUCUUUUGAAAGCAUUCGAUAAAGCUAUACACGACGGAGUGGAUGUACUAUCCAUUUCUGUUGGCAAUGAGGUUCCUUUGUUCUCCUAUGUUGAUCUGCGUGACACAAUUGCAAUUGGGUCUUUCCAUGCAGCAUCAAAGGGGAUCACGGUUGUUUCAUCUGCAGGAAAUAGUGGUCCCACUUCACAAACCAUUUCAAACACUGCACCAUGGCUCAUAACUGUGGCAGCCACCACAAUAGACAGGGCCUUUCCAACUGUCGUAACACUAGGAAAUAACCAAACUCUUUGGGGCCAAUCUAUUGGUGAUACUGGAAGACAUAACCAUGGUUUUGUUGGCAUCACAUAUUCCGAACGCAUAGCGGAUGACUCCACUGAUGCUUCAUCCAAGGAUUGUGAGCUUGGAAGUCUAAAUGCAACAUUAGCAGCAGGAAAAAUAGUACUAUGCUUUUCAGACCAAUAUGAUCAGCAGGAUAUAGCUUCAGCAGCAACUGCUGUCAAAGAAGCAGGAGGUGUUGGAAUCAUUUUUGCACAGUCUCACAGUGAUGGACUUCAAUCAUGCGAUAUCCCAUGUGUUAAAGUGGAUUUUGAAGUAGGGACACAAAUAAUUUCCUACAUAAGAAGAGCAAGGUAA